AUGAGGGCCGUAUACAUGAUAUCGGUGUUGUCUGUGUUUAUUCUGGUGAUCUUCGUCAAUGCAGCCGACGAGGAACAGAAAGAAAAAGUACUCGAGCCAGAGGAACUUGAAUAUGCAAAAGGAUCGGUGUGCAGUUAUUGUGAAUACUGCCAGUUUUGUAAGCUCUGUGAUUCCGACUGUCCGUGUGAAACCAGUCCUUCUAAACCCAACUGUAAAAUGUGCAAGUACUGCAAAUUCUGCUAUCUUUGUUCCGCUGUCUGUGAUACAGUUUGUCAACCAGGUGGUGUGCUAGACACUGUUUCCUCAGCUAUAGUAAGUGCUCUGCCCAUUCACAACAAAGAGGAGAUAGACAAGGAUUUGGACUCUGUGUCAGACUGGAUAGCUAAGGAGAAGAGAGAUGAGUUGUAACCAUGUUGUCGUCUAGGAAACCAUACCUUCACUGUGUUUAGAGUGCAAACUUUCACCUCAGUGUUCACCUGACCUUUGACCUGUGAUCUUUGACCCAGAAUGAAUAUUGAUUGGUCAAGGCAAUUAAUGUUUCAUGUAUGAUAUUGAUUAUGAUUAAUAGGUAUCACAAACAUGGUGAAAAAUUGUUGAAAACGUAGAGGUAAUAUUCACGUUUGUAAUUGUAUACGGAGGUACUUUUAACAGACAGGUAAACUUUGUUUAUAUUACAUUCUAGCAUACAGAAGAAUGGAGAUUUAAAUUUUUUCAUUAAUUCUGAAUUUUGCCAUUAUAAUUGCCAUUACAAUAGAGCUGUUCAUUACAACCCUUAGGUGUUGUGAGCAUGAUGACUUUAUGUUACAUGUUUACCAAACAAACAAUUCUAAAUUUGUUUCUGUUAAAGCAAGUUGUAAGGAUUCUGAUAUAAUUUGUUGAUGUCAUGAGAAUGACAUACAAAACAAAUAAAUAAUAAUAAAAAAAGAACAAAGAUAUGAAAGAAAACAAGUGUUGAUUUCAAUCACAACAAAACAAUUUAUUCCUGAUAUUGGAAAAGCUAUUGGACACCAGAACAAAAACAUGAUUUGUACGAAGUGAUGAAUGCUCAAGUUAUACAGGUUGUUGAUGAGGCUGUAUAUAACACCAGGUAAAAUAUACAGGCCUUGUGGACCACUUUUGUCAACACUUUUGGUGAAACAUACAGGCCUUGUGGACCACUUUUGUUAACAUUUCAAGUAAGGCAUAGAGUUCGUGGACCACUUUUGUUAACACUUUGGGUGAAACAUACAGGCCUUGUGGACCACUUUUGUUAACACUUUGGGUGAAAUAUACAGGCCUCCUGGACCACUUCCCUUAGCACAGAAUCAUUCAGUGUAAAAAACAAGGUGUAUCAGUACUACUGUUGUUUUAUCGUAUAUGUCUGUGUCAUGAUGUUCAUAGUUUUACACAAAAUAUUUAACUGAAUUUCAUGUUGUGCAGUGUAAACUGGUAGAGAACUGCAAUAUUUUUCCUAGUCGUCUUCAUAAUUCGUCAGAUUUUUUUAUUUCAUCUUUCAAUAAGAAUUUAUCAAAUAAACAAAUUAGGAGGAGUUGAGGAGCCUUCACUUUAAAUCUAUAGUGUCAACAAUAAGAUGUAAAAUACGUUUGCUUAUACCAGAAAAAGGUUAAUGACUAGAGGUGUCAUUCGGUGUGGAAUUGGAUCUGGUUAGAUCACGCGAGCUUCCUUUGAGGAAAAAAAGAUUAAAAAAAAUUAUCAUUAAAUUAUAGUAAUUAAUCUUUUCAUGGCCUAACCCAUGAAAAAACACUUGAUCAUUAUUUCUGUGCAACUGUAGAGAAUUGAAGAGUAGCUGUGUGCAUGUAUAGAUCAGUUGUGUGAAUAUUGUGUAAAUUAAUGCGUGUGUAUUAAUCAGGAAUUUGAUUUCUUUUUUUGUGAGUUUGCCUCUUUUGUUUCCCCGAGUAUUUUAUACAAACACUUUACAUUUCAUCAUUUUUUUUAUUUACAUUCAUAAUUUCAUUCAAGAUUGGUGAUAGAGGGUUUGUAACAAAAUAUACUGUGACUGUUGCGUUCACAUCAACUGAACUGUUUAUUGAGAUAAAUCGGAUUCAGAUGCAAAUCAUUAUAUAUCUAUAGUAUACAAAAUGAUUUGGAAAAUAUUCGGAUUGAUUUAACAAAUAUGCUUUUAUUUCAAUACUAACCAAUAAUUUAUAUCGGAUAAAUAUUAUAAUACACCUAUAAAAUAAAUAACACUUAUCUUAGGUUGCUUUUACAUAAGCGGUUGAAGCAGUAGGACCAGUGAAUCUGCAAGAGAAACACCAGGCGUACAGCAAAGCCAUGUACUUACAUAUAUCUAGAUAUGUUAUAUUACGCUAGAAUGGAAGAUAUUUCAUCAUCAGUUCAUAGGUUUUAAGUUUUUGAUAGGAUUUUCAAAACUGAAUUUUGAGCUUUACACCAACAUUUAAAGCAUUGUUUAUGUAAUUCCAGACCACCUGAUCCAUUUCAAACAGGUGAAAGGUGUUUUUUCUUUUUUUUUUUUUUAAAAAAACUUCCAUAAAAUAAAUGUGUGUGAACAAAGGCUGAAGAUGAACAAAUGUGAUUUUGUGUAGCAUUAUACAUGUAGAUAAUUUGUGGACAGACACUUUGGCAUAAAAUACUGAAUUCCCAAUUUAUGCAAAAUGUAAGUUAGUAAUUGAAUUUUACAUACAACCUGGUCAAUCAAGGAUUUAUUCUUUUACCAAUCCAUAUACCAGUCCCUGUUGAGUUUUGGUACCAUAUAUGUUUCAAGACACAAUUUAGUUGCAGAUAAAGUUUUUCUAUCAAUUUUUUUUUAAAAAAAAUUAGGUUUUAAAUCUAAUUUCAAUAUGGGAUCAUCAAUGAGCAUAAAAAAUUUCAACAAAUGAAAUAUUUACCAUACAGCAUUGAUAGUUUGUACAAUUAUGUCUGAUUAAGUGUUUUACAUAUAAGGUUUAUGUCUUGUAUAAGAAUUCUUUGACCCUGUGAAAAAAGACCACAACAUUCCAUUGUUUCCACAUCAAUACCAUCUGAAAGCCAUCACUUUAUUUGAUGCAUGUAUUUUACAUAUCUUUGUUUUGUUUUUCACAUAAAUUGUAAAACAAAUUUACAUAAAAUAAAGAUUUUUUUCUUUCAAACCCUUCAUCAGUGAAA